UAUCAUAUUUUGAGGUUAUAAAGUACUUGUGUGUUGCCGACAAACUUUCAUUUUAAUUCUUUUUUAAUAUUUCAUUAUUCAUUAUCGUGAUUUUGUGGCCUUUGUAAUAUUUUGCAUGAUUUUUAUUGUUUCUCCACUAUUUGCAUCCUCUUUGAACCGGCUGUAUUUUUAUUUUACGUAUCUUUUUGAAGCUCUCAGAAAAUCAGCCGCUGACUUAACAGAUAUUAUGUUUUUCUCAUAUCCCUCUCCCGAUUUCUGCGGACACAACUUAUUUAAAAAACUGAAGUCUUCAACCAAAACGUUUUAUCAGUGCAGUAAAAUUUGGAUAUAGUUCUUUCAUAUCGUUUAGUCCGUAUCAGAAAGACUGAUGUUGAAUUCCAUUUGCGCUUGAGAGAUCAUAUUUUCUCCCUGCCGAAUCCAUGAUUAACUUCAUUUCUCCUCUUAUCAAUAUUCAUCUUUAGGUAAGGUCUUUAAAUCUUGGAGUUCAACUGCCUGGAGUAUCAUCUGAAAUAGAACCAUGGCUGAUGAAUUUCCAGAUCCUGAUGAGGAGUUUGAAUUAAUGCACGCUGAUGAAUUUGAAUUGUUGGAUGAAAUUGAAGAUGAUUUUCCCCCUGUCAGCGCACCUGUGACAAAAGCCAAGAGGAGUCUAGAUUUCAAUUCCUCAGCUCAUGCCGGUACAUCGACUUUCAACUCCAGUAACUCAAAAACAUCUGAUUCAUCCAAAGAUGAGCAGAACCCUGCUGUAUCUCCUUUGUUACCUAUGCCAAAAACACCAGUCAAUACAGACACUAGCAAAGCUCGAAUUCCAUUCUCAGAGAAAAAUGAACAUGUCAAGCCGCCUGAAAACAAUGCAACCGCAAAAAUUCCAGAAGAAAGUGAAACGACAAAAAGAGCACGGCUAGAUGAUGAAGAAGAAAAUGAGAAUAGCUGGGAGAGCGGGACACCUAAAAAAGGAAAUAGGAAUGAAUUUAACAAAAGAACAGUUGAUGAUCUUUUUGGAGACAUUGCGGAUAUUGAAUUAGAGGAACUUCUUAGUGGUGCAAAACGAAGUAAAACUGAUGUAGCUUUGACAGAAGAUGAAAAGCAGGAAAUGAUGAUAGCAAAAAUUUUAGCUGAAAGAAAACGGCAACAGGCUCUCAAACUCAGAAGUUUUUCAAGUGAUACAAUUGAUUCAAGAGGAAAGUGCAAAGAGUCAGUCUGCAUGUCUCGAAGGGUUCCUAAGUGGGCAUUUUUUCCAAUUACUGAUAAAAAAGGCCUUAGGCUGUAUGCUCGUCUUCGAUCUGAUGACUAUAUCAAACAAAAGUCAGACUCAUUAGCGGCAGCCACAAAUGCGACCAUCAGUUUGUCAACCUCCUUUCAUUCCACAUUAGAUGCAGCCAGAAAAAUUAUUGAGCAGAAGUGGGAGAAAAAGGACGCAGAGAAAGAUGAUACAUCUCUUGCAGAGUCUAAAAAGAAAUCUGUGCAAGAAGCUACUACAGACCUAUGGGUAGAAAAAUACAAGCCCAAGUCAUAUCUAGAGCUUCUUAGUGAUGAGGGAACUAACAGACUAGUGCUUCAAUGGCUGAAAUUAUGGGACAAAGUUGUAUUCAAUAAGGAAAGAAAAAUCGUUCAUAAGGAGACUAAAGCGCCUAAUCCACAAGAGAAGAAAUUUUUCAACAAAUUUGUUCCGGUUCUUGACGAGGAACUAGAUGAAAAUAAUUGUCCAAAAGCGAAGAUCAUCCUUCUAUGUGGUCCUCCAGGUUUGGGUAAAACCACCUUAGCUCAUCUUCUCGCGAAACAUGCUGGCUACAACUCGGUAGAAGUUAAUGCUAGUGAUGACAGAAGUCCCGAACUUUUUCAAACUAAACUUGAAACAGCCACUCAAAUGCAAUCUGUCAUGGGAAAAUCACCUCGUCCAAAUUGCUUGAUACUAGAUGAAAUUGAUGGUGCACCAGCCGCAUCGAUCAAUUUCUUGAUCAAAUUUGCGGCUGGAAAAGCAGGGAGUAAGGAGAAGGGCAAAAAAAAAGCUGAGCAGAAGCAAGUUUUAAGAAGGCCAAUCAUAUGUAUUUGUAACAAUAUCUAUGCUCCUGCGCUGAGACCCUUACGUCAGGCAGCUUUAGUCAUUCAUUUUCCUGAAACUUCAUCUGCAAGGUUAGCACAACGUUUAACAGAAAUAGCAAGGAAAGAGAGAAUCUCAACAGAUCUUAGUGCAAUGAUGGCGUUGAGUGCUAAAAGUCACAAUGAUAUUCGUUCGUGUCUGUCAACACUUUACUGUUACAAAAAUCAGCCAGUUAGACUGUCUCUUAUCCGCAGACUGGAUAUUGGUCAGAAAGACAUGCAAAAGGGAUUUUUUAGUGUUUGGCAGGAUAUUUUCCAGAUUACCAAACCUCAGCUCGGAUCCUACUUGGCAACUGAAAAAUCUACUACCUCAGGAGCAUCUGCUAGCAAAUCAAAUGAGUUAUCUUUCAAAAACAGGAUGCUGCAUGUGCUCCAUAGCGUCCAAGGGUGUGGUGACUAUGGGAAAUUAGUGGAAGGUGUUUUUGAAAACUAUCUAUUGAUGAACUUAAAGGAUUCCUUUUUAACAAAUGUUUCGGAGGGUUUAGAUUGGUUUUGUUUUUUUGAUACUACGUCUCAAGUUAUUUACUCCUCGCAAACAUAUACCCUGCUACCAUACCUUCCGUACUGUUUUGUUGUGUGGCAUUUCUUGUUCUCCAGUUAUGAGUACGUGAAGCUAACAUAUCCCAAUACCAGUUAUGAGAUGUCUGUCAAAAGCUCCAAAACAGAUCAGUCAUUAGAUGAUCUAAUGAAAGGCACUCCAGCUAACAUUAGAGCUCACUUGUGUAAAAAACCGCUUCAGUUAGAUAUAUUACCGUUGUUAAAUGUGAUAAUCAAUCCAAAUUUAAGGCCUGUAAAUGUUCAUCUGUACAGUAAAAAAGAAAAAGAAGAGUUUAAUAAAGUAGUGAAUACUAUGAUAGAUUAUAAUUUAAAUUUCAUACAGGAACGUGCUCCUGAUGGCAAUUUCAUUUGGAGGAUAGAUCCUGAUAUUUGUGAAGUUGUUAAGUUUGAAAGCGGACAAUCCGAUGGAUUUUCUUUAAACGCUUCAUCAAAGCAAUUAAUAUCUAGGGAAAUAGAAAUGGAAAAAGUCCGAAGACUAGAAUCAAAGGUGUCUGUGAAGCAGACCUAUCAAACACCAAGCAGGCAAAAACCUGGAAGUUCUACAACCCCUCAAACGCCAAGUAGUGGCCCCAGUGCUUUGCCCAAUCAUCUACAAAAAUUAACUCCCAAAGCCAUCGGAAAAACAUUCGUCGAUGUGCCUACCAAAGACUUUUUCGGUCGCGUUAUCAAAGAGACUGCAGAAGAAAUCCAAAAGAAAAAAGAACGCAAAGCCGAUGAUAUUGUAAAGAGUGAAAUUUGGUUCCACCACAAAGAAGGCUACAAUAAUGCUGUCAGGAAAACUGUUCUAAUUCGCGAUUUGAUGUAGACGAUGUGCCUUGUUAUUCUGGUGACCAAAAUUCAACUAUUGAUUGUCGUCAUCCAGCAGUUUCUACAAAUGCUUGUGGACGUAAAUGUCAUGUUUUUAUUUUUAAUAUAGGAGGUCGAUCAAAUCCUGCCUUUGUUUUUCGGUGUUUUAUACUAUUUUUUAUGCGUUGUUUUUUGUGAAUAAAAUUGCCUUAGCAAGCUUUACAAAAAAA